GCACCCUGGAAAACCACAACGCGGGGACACAUCUUGUUGGGAGAAGAGGCUGAGUUCUUGGACCUUAGGGUACAUGUUCACCUUUUCAAGGGCCUAGGAUAGAUUUGAUUAAUCAGCCUGGGGUACCCUGUUCCUGCUGACACUGCCGUUUUCACAUCCCUGCCUGCCACACUUCCCAAAACCAUUAGCAGGGAGCUCUCGAAGGUUUGGUUUCUUCGAGUCUCCUUUGAGCUAGACGUGAGGUUGACCACCGGGUUAGAGCAUGGCUGCAUCCCUGGACCCUCAGAUCGACGCGCCCCUGGAGGUUGAGGGAUGCCUAAUAAUGAAGGUGGAAAAGGAGCCCGAGUGGGCAUCGCAGCCCAUUCUGGAAGGAUCGGACAGCUCUGAGUCCGAGACUUUUCGCAAGUGCUUCAGGCAAUUCUGUUAUGAGGAUGUGACCGGACCCCAUGAAGCUUUCAGUAAACUCUGGGAACUUUGCUGCCGGUGGCUGAAGCCAGAAGUGCAUUCCAAGGAACAGAUCCUGGAGCUGCUGGUGAUUGAGCAGUUUCUCACCAUUUUACCCGAGAAGAUUCAGGCGUGGGCACAGAAGCAGUGUCCGGAAAGUGGAGAGGAGGCGGUGGCCCUGGUAAUACAUUUGGAGAAAGAGACUGGAAGACUAAGACAGCAGGUUAGCAGUCCUAUGCACUCAGAGAAGCAAGCCCCACUUGGAGCAGCAUGGGAGGUGGCAGACUUUCAGCCAGAGCAGGUGGAGACCCAACCCAGAGUGAUGUCUCUGGAGGGAGCUGAAAGCCUCCACUCAGGACACCAGGAGCAGCUGAACCAGAAGAGAGCGCUUCGGCCCUUACGCAAGAAUGCUCGGCCUUCUCCCUGGGUUCCUCCUCCUGCUGAUGAAUGGAACACCAUAGAUCAGGAAGUAACAGCCACACGAGUUCCUGCUGGGUCCCAGGGACCAGUGAAAGAUGUCCACAUGGCAAGAGGUUUUUCCUACAAAAAGAGUGUGCGUCAGAUUCCUGCUCACAGAGACCUCUACCGGGAUAUUAGAAAGGAGAGUAUUGGGAACAUGGUCUCCCUGGGAAACACAGUGUCUACAGCUAACAAGAUGGGACAGUUGGAGCAAAGAAAGGAGCCGUGGACAAUAAGUCUACAAUCCCCUAAUAAGAGGAAUGUCCUACGAAGCAACUAUAUCAAGGAAAAGUCAGUUCAUGCUAUUCAGGCCCCUGCAAGGAAUGCAGGGAAAACACGGAGAGAGCAGCAGCAGUGGGGUUUGGAAGAUGAAAAAAUAGCAGGCGUGCAUUGGAGUUACGAGGAAACUAAGACUUUCCUUGCAAUUCUCAAAGAGUCUCGCUUUUAUGAAACACUUCAGGCCUGUCCCCGAAACAGCCAAGUAUAUGGUGCUGUAGCUGAAUGGUUGCGAGAAUGUGGCUUCCUCCGAACACCAGAGCAGUGUCGGACCAAGUUCAAAAGUCUACAGAAGAGUUAUCGAAAAGUGAGAAAUGGCCAUGUGCUAGAACCCUGUGCCUUCUUUGAGGACAUGGAUGCUUUGUUGAACCCUGCAGCUCAUACUUCGUCCACGGAUAAGCCAAAGGAGAUUCUGUCUCUCCCCAGGCUAAAGAGAAUUGGUAUCAGUGCUAAAGAACAGAUCAAUUUGGUGGAGGAGGAAGAAGCCGCAGAAGAAUCUGAUGGUGAUGAAAUGGGUGUUGAGUUUAUCCAGAAGUCUGAGCUUUGUGGUGCUCCUGUAUUAUUUCAAAACCUGAGUGGUGUGCACUGGGGCUACGAGGAAACCAAGACUUUCCUUGACAUCCUCCGUGAGACUCGGUUUUAUGAAGCACUGCAAGCCUGUCAUCGGAAGAGCAAGUUGUACGGGGCCGUGGCUGAACAGCUGCGAGAGUGCGGCUUCCUCCGGACACCGGAACAGUGCCGGACCAAGUUCAAAAGCCUUCAGAAGAGUUACCGCAAAGUGAAAAAUGGUCACGUGCUAGAGUCCUGUGCAUUCUACAAGGAGAUGGAUGCCCUGAUUAACUCUCGGGCAUCUGCCUCUCCCACCAGCACCCCAGAGGAAGCCCCGUCACCCUCAAUUCAAGAAAGAGAGGACAUUGAGAUUGAACCCCAGGAACCUACGGGCUGGGAACCUGAGGAGGACUCACAGGAGGCAAUAGUUGAAGAUUCCAGCAGUGAGAGACUGAGCGAGGAGGAAAUUGUACAGGAGCCAGAAUUCCAGGGACCUCCAGGUUUACUGCAAAGCCCGAGUGAUUUUGAAAUUGGAAGUAGUAUCAAGGAGGAUGCAACACAGGUAAUAUAUAAGGACAUGGAGCAGCAUAGGGCAUUAAUAGAAAAGUCUAAAAGGGUUGUUUCUCAGAAUGCUGAUCCAGGUAAAUAUUGUAAAAGGGAAUGCAUCUCAGGAAGACAAUGGGAAAACCUUCAAGGAGUCAGACAGGGAAAACUGAUGUCUCAGCCUAGAGAUUUAGGGAAAGCUAUCGUGCAUCAGAGGCCUUUCAUGGGGAAAAGGCCCUACCGACUUCUCAAAUACGGAGAAAGCUUUGGAAGGAGUGCUCGCCUCAUGUGCCGGAUGACCCACCAGAAGGAAAAUCCUUAUAAGUGUAGUGUCUGUGGGAAGUGCUUUGGUAGAAGCAGGAGUCUAAUCAGACACCAAAGAAUCCACACAGGAGAAAAACCUUUUAAAUGUCUUGACUGUGGGAAAAGCUUUAACGACUCCUCAAAUUUCGGUGCCCACCAGAGAAUCCACACAGGAGAGAAGCCCUACAGAUGUGGAGAGUGUGGGAAAUGCUUCAGUCAGAGCUCGAGUCUCAUUAUACAUCAGAGAACCCACACUGGAGAGAAGCCCUACCAGUGUGGAGAGUGUGGGAAAAGUUUUACCAACAGUUCUCAUUUCAGUGCCCACAGGAGAGUCCACACUGGUGAGAAUCCCUACAAAUGUGUGGAUUGUGAGAAGAGUUUCAAUAACUGUACGAGAUUUCGAGAACAUCGGCGUGUACACACCAGAGAGAAGCCCUACGGGUGCGUCCAGUGUGGCAAACGUUUCAGUAAGAGUUCUGUUCUCACUAAACAUCGGGAGGUUCAUGUGAGAGAAAAGCUUCUGCCAUACCCUCCAGUGCUCUAUGCCCCAGAGAACCCACACAAGGGAAAGACUGAUGAAUUCAGGCAAACUGUUUGAU